UUUCAGUGCCAACUUACGCCAAAAUGCAAAAAGUUACGCAUACGCUGCGUUAGCCCAAAAGCCAACUUGUUGGGCGAGUGUGUGUGUGUGCGUGUUGUAAGUGUAAACGCGCUUGCCACUUGCCACUUGCCACACUUAAUGGCUUUGACAUUGACAACGUGCCUGUGCUCGAUCUUCAGCUGAAUAAAAAUAUUAAAUAGAAGCAGAAGAAGAAGAAGAAAAUUUGUUGCAAGUGGUAACAGCGCCGCACUCAGUGAAAGUAAAAGAAAAAUUCUAAAUACAAAAAAUAUAAACAGGAAACUUUUCACUCAGUCGACUUAAAGUUAAAGUCCUUUUCGGACUGCAUUUUGAGAGUCUGGAGUCGAGGCGCAGCAUGCGGCUGACCAUAGACACGGCUCGGCGCAAGGAGCUGUUCAAGUUGUGAGCGCAAUGUCCACUCGGCUGACAUGUCCCACAUGGAACGGAACACGCCCACUUUGGAGGCAACGGCCACGCCAACGCCCACACAUCGGCUGCAGCGACCGCCGGAUGUGGAGGCGGCGCUCUCAUCAAUGCUAUGGACGCCCUACGAGCGGGCAGCCAGCUCCACGUCGGAGGAGGAUGACGAGGGGGCGGCGGCGGACGACGACGAUGAGCGCCUUAAUCGCAAGUUGCGCAAGUCCCACAGCAGCUACGAGACGAGAAGCCACCUAACAGCAAUUGCCAUUGCUCCACCUGCUGCACCACCUGUAGCCGCUGCUCCUCCCGUGCCUUUUUCCACUUUCAAUAAGACGAGCCAUCGCAAUCGCUACUCAUAUCCUAGCUAUUAUGGCAGUCCAGCGCAUACGCUCAUCCAAUGGUGUUCCUCGACGGCAACCACGAUCAAGGAGCCGCCCUCUUAUGAUUCCCUCUACCAGCCGGGCGUGUCCGGCGUGGGCGUGGCCAGGGCUAGCCUGGCAGCCGUCGUCCAUCUGCCGACAAACUACAGUCUACAAUGUGAUAGAUCGCAACGAUCCCUAGCAAAAGAAAUCCAAGAAGAUGCGAAUGAAGAUGACGUCGAAGACGAUGAAGAUCGAUCAAAGAAACUAACGGCAAAUGUUCCAGCUGAGCGCCUGGUGCGCUCUUUCACGGACGACUAUAUAUCGCAGAACUGCGCAUUAUUCGCGCCUGCGAUAAACGACACAGAAACUGAAACAGCAAUAACGGCAAUGAGUCAAAAGAAAAUGCGAACAACAGCGACGAAUGCAAGAUCACAACAAAGUGCAGAAAAUCAAAGCGACAGCAAAGCGAAUUGCAUUAUCAAUGAAAACGGCGACAAAGCAGACAACGGCGACGACAAAGGCGAUGAGCGAGAAAUGGCAACGGCAGUAGAAAGAGUAGACGAGGAAACAGGCACAGUUGCAGUCGGCGAAGUUGAAGUCGACGUCGACGUAGCAGUCGGAGUGCAGGUCAAUCAACCUGUUUCCUGUGCAGCAGCAACCCAACGCAGUCGCGACCACAACCGCAGUCGCAGUCGUAGUCGCAGUCGCUGCCAAAGAGAGCACGCAACAGCAGCUGAGAGAGCGACGACAGUAGCAGCGACGUCGGCAGCGUUGCUCUCUUCCAGUGGCUGCUCAAGCCAGUUUCGUUCGGCAGCGACGAUCAGUCUCUCGAGUACGUUCGGCGCGUGCGCGACAGAAGUGCAGAGUAGCGUCAAUUAUUAUACUAACAAAAAUCACAGCAGCUACAACAACAGCAACAACAUUCAAAAGUUGUCGUCGUGGUUGUCGAGGGGGCGCAACAACAACAACAAUAACAACAGAAACAGCAGCAAUUCGAGCUGCGACGCACUGCGCCCCAACAAAUGUUUGGCAGAACUCGAACGUUUGUAUGCCGAAUUUCGUGCAAGUGAAAGUUUAUUUGAGCAUCGUCUCAACGAUACCGAUACCGAUAACGAUAACGAUAACACAAGAGCUAUCGCUAGCGAGACGAUGCGUUUGAAUGUGGCUGCAGAGCCGCCAACAGCAACGGCAGCAACGCAAACAGCAACAGUUGCUGCCAGCAGCAGCAGCAGCAGCAGCAUUUUUCUUAGCAAUAACAGCAACAGCAACAGCAAUGCCAAAGGCAUUUGCAAUAUUGCAAUACUGCCAACUGCUAGCAAAUUCUGUCAGCAACAGCCAAGUCUCACAAUACAGGUGAACAACAACAACAGCAGCAACAACAACAAUCAGCAGAUAGCGACUGCGACAGCAGCAACAUCGACUGCAGAGUCUAGCAGCAACAACAACAAUAAUGUUGUUUGUGUUGUCAAUUGCAAUUAUAGCAGCGGCAGUAGCAGCAGCAGCAGCAGCAACAACAACAACAACAACAACAACAGCAUUGUUGCCAUCAAUAAUAAUUGUGUGCCAGCAACCAAAAAAGUGUUUAGUGCAAGUGUACAAAAUAAGUUAAAUAUUAAUAAUAAUAAUAAAAAUAAUAAUAAUAAUAAUAAUAAUAAUGAUAAUGAAAACGUGAAUGUGUCCAGUGUUGAUAACAGUGUACAGGUGAUUAAUGUGAAUGCCACGCCCACAGCAACACGCACUUUCACCUCGACCGAAUGCCAAACGGAUGAUCUAAGCAGCAACAGCAACAGCAGCAGAAGCAACAACAGCAACAUCAACAACAACAACAACAACAAUUUGGAGCAACAACAACAACAGUUGCAGUUGCAAUCACAGCAGCAGCAGCAGCAGCAACAGUUGCGCACACGCGAGCAACGUCGGCGCGAGCGCCGCGAACGUCGCCAGCAGCAGCAGCAGCAAUUGCAAUUACAGCAGCAACAGUUGCCGCCUACGCACGUGCGUCGACCGCCACACUUGCAACAUCCGCAUCCGCAUCCACAUCCUCAUCAGCAUCCACAUCCGCAUCCACAUCCGCAUCCCGCUGCUUUGGGCUUGGCUCGUGCUUUGUUGCCGGACAUUUUGCAUAGCCACGCCCACUAUCCGCCGCCCUACAGCACGCUGCCAGGUGGCGCAGUGCCGCCGCCGCCUCUGUCUGCCGCCGGCCCACAAUCAAGCGCAGCAGCAGCUGUGCUGCCACUGCCACUGCCCCCGCCUCCGCCUCCUCCACCUGUGCCGCUGCUAACGCCAGUGAUAUCGACGGUGCCACUGCCAGGAGCAGCGCCUCUAAUGAGCGACGGACGAUUCACCUUGCCGCUGCCCAUCAUGCGCAGAUCUCCCUCGGAGCGCUCGGGCAAAGGCUGCUGCGGUCAAUGGUUUGCCGGACCGCCGCUGCGUGCGCUCAUUGCUGUUGUAGCCUUAGGGGGCGUGGCUUGCGCCCUUGGCGGCGCUGCCCUGGGCGCCACAGGUCUGGCCGGGCCGCCCAACUCGCAUCUGACUGCCGCGCUGCUUAUGAUUGGAGUGGGCGUGGUACUGGUCACUGUGAGUGGCGCCGCCUGGCGAAUGACGGCGCCCGGUGGUCAGAGCUGCCUCGGCCUCGGUCUGGGCACCAGCGUCGACCUGGCCCGCUGCGGAAGGAGGCCCUGCACCCGAGGAGGCGGCGCACCCCAUGGCCUGCUCUAUCCGGAGUUUCAGCAUAGACCACCGCCGCCCUCCUACCAGGCCAGCAUGCAGGAAUAUCGACUCAGACUUUUGCUCUUGGAUCGCGAUCGACAGAAUGGAGUGGUGCGUGGCAAUUCGCCGCCACCCACAUAUCGAUCUCAUGCGGGCAGCUUGUUGAGAGCACCUUUGAGCACCUUGCGUGCUGGCAUGGGCGGCGGUGGCGGCGGCACCAUCAGCAGCAGCAUGGGUGGCUCCGAGUACAGCUUGCCGCCCAGCUAUCGCUCGCGCAAUGCCACGCCCGCUGCCCUCGAGCGUACCAUUGAGACGGCGCCCUCCGGCCGCCUGCUUGCCAACGAGGAUCUGCCGGAGCUGUCCGCCGAGCAAUUGCCAGACUACAGCGCGCUGCAGUCGAACACAUUGCUCACCUCGGCCAUUGUGGAGAUCGAGGCCAGAAGCCAGGAGCAGCAGGCGACGCCAACGGCGACGACAACGAAGACGACGACGGCAACCAACAAGGGCAAAGGAGAUCUAGUGACAAUUGUGACCAUCUCCCAGGCGGAUGUGCAUACGGCCAACAGAGCCCAGCCACAGGUAGCUGACCAGGUGAACACGCUCGAUCAGAUCGACAUAUUGGCGCACCUGUAGCCCAGCUCAGCUAACACUUAAGCAUAUUUUUUGUUUGUUAAACUACUGAAACACUCGUUAACCCAAAGGUAUUUAUUUCUACGAUACGAAACAGAAAAGAAAAGAAAACUCUGCUCCUAAAUGAUAAACGAAAUAACUUUGAUAUCUAGAUAUAAAUA